AUGAGAAGAUGGGGUCCAACACCAGCUUUGACUAUCUUCGUCGCUUACGCUCCAAUAUCAAGCUACGAAAAAGAAGAAGUCGAAGCUUUCUAUAUGGACCUAGAGAAGUUCUACCGAGAAGAUCAUGCCUUCUACAAGGUCAUAAUUGGCGAUUUCAACGCCAAAAUUGGCCCAAGAAGAACGCCGGAGAAACUUCAAAUCGGGACCAACGGCCUACAAUGGAAUGACCAGGGGGAGAGGCUCUCCGAGUUCAUCAUGACGACUAAGACCAUAGUGACUCGCAAUUCCAGAAGCCCUCCUCUCUACGCUGGACGUGGGAGUCACCCGGCGGAGGGUACCGUAAUGAAAUAG